AUGGCAAGAACUGAUAUUAUGUCUAACGAGUUUAUCUCAGAUUCUGAAUCUGACAAUGAAAUGGAACAAACAUUCAAAGUUCCAUCAGAUUUCAAGAAAUGUGACCAUCUAAAGAAAUUCCCAUUGGAUAAACUAACAAAGAAGUCCGAGGAAGAAGUAUGGUUAAUUAACAUUCCAGGACAUCUAGAUAUCUCAAAAUUGGAAACUCUACCAAUUGACUUUAAAAGAACAAGUUCUGUCACUGUCGACAAACAAACUUACGAAAUUGAACAAGAGAAAAAUAAAGACAACAGUAACUUAGUUAUAAUGGUUCCUGAAAGCAAAAGGGAUUCUUUGAAAAUAUUAACUAAACAAGAUAAACCUCUCCAAUUUGAUAAGAUCUUCACUAUUAGUGAAUCUACAGAUAUUCCAGAUAUAAACUACGAAAGGGUCAGAACAGAACGUGAAAAUGUUCCUGUAGUAGAGGGUUUAAUAACGAGACAUUUUGCUACUGGUUAUAACGCUGCAGAUUUUGGUAUAAGUGAAACAAGUAAUAUGAAAAAGAGGGAAACUACAAAUAAUGUAGUUGCAGGAAAUAAUGAAACUGAAAAUUACGAACACUCUAAAAAACGUCAUCAUCACCACAAGGAAGAAGGCGAUGAAGCUCCAUCAAAGAAGAAGAAGAAGGAAAAGAAAGAUAAAAAACACAAGAAAGACAAGAAAAAGGAACACAAAUAA